UCCAUGAGGUUGCACACUCUCUCUCCAAAAGCUUCCAUAGAAAGUUUUAAGUCAAGAAAAUCAGACAUCAGAUUGAGCAAAAGAUUUACAAAAUUCUUAGACUUCUUUGUUCUUCAAUAAUACCAUUGCUUAACAAUUUCUAUUUUGCUUGAAGUUUUAGAUUGAAGAUCUUCAAUUAGAGGAGCUUUAGAGCCUGCAAGGUGGGAUAUCUGUUGAUUGUUUAUAGUAUAUGCCCAGAAAAGGAUGAAUAGAUAGGAAAGCUUCAAUCUUGGUAUCAAAAUCGAAAUAAUCUACAGAAAAGCUUGGAUCGUAUAGCGAUAUGAAGAUGAGAGAUUCAACAUGCCUUGCAAUAGUAGUCAUUUUUUUGGUAUUUCAGCUUUACUUAUAUUUAUCACCAGUAUCGAGAAUGGAUGUGUCGCGUUCAACCAAGACCAUUCAAGGUAAAAAACACAGGUUACCUGAAUCAAUCAACACGAGGGAAACACUCACUCCACCAUUUCCACAAUCCACUCAAGCAAAAGAAAUCAACUGUGACCGCACUCACAAUUUCUACGACAUUUGUUCAAUCAAUGGCCCAACAGUCCUAGACCCCACUACUUCAACAUUCUUUCUAAUGGACCCUAUCAUCUCUACCCCACAAAAGCCCAUGGUGGAAAAAUUGAGGCCCUAUCCACGCAAAUGGGAGAGUUUCACAAUGCCUAGAAUCAAGGAGGUCACCCUCAUCUCAGGCCCAUCAAGCCCAAAAUGUAAAAUCCAACACAAGGCCCCUGCCCUAGUAUUCAGUGCGGAUGGGUACACUGGGAACUUCUUCCAUGACUUCAAUGAUAUCUUCAUCCCCCUCUUCAUCACUGUCAAUUCAGUCUAUCCUGAUCAAGAUGUUGUUCUCGUGAUAUUGAAGGCUCGUGAUUGGUGGGUUAGUAAGUAUAUAGAAAUAAUACAUACUUUCAGUAAGUACUCUAUCAUAAACUUGGAUAAUGAUAAUAUCACUCAUUGUUUUCCUUCUGCCAAUGUAGGCAUGAUAACACAUGGCUUUAUGACUAUAGACCCUAAAUUAACACCAAACUCAAUAACCUUCACUCAUUUCCGUGCCUUCCUAGACAAGGCAUAUGGCCAAAACCAAAACCAAAACCAAAAUCAUCCCUCUAAAUUUAAACAUUCAAAGUCUAGGCCAAUUCUUGUGUUGGCUAGUCGAAGUGGUGGUGUUGGUCGUGUACUCUUGAACCAAAAUGAAGUAAAACUUGAAGUUGAAAAAAUUGGUUUUAAUGUGAUUGUUUUUGAGCCAAGAACUACAACCCCUUUGAAGGAAUCUUAUGCAUUAAUAAAUUCGAGUCAUGCAAUGAUUGGAAUACAUGGUGCAGCACUUACACAUUCAUUGUUUCUUCGACCUGGCUCUGUGUUUUUGCAAGUGGUGCCACUUGGGGCUGAAUGGGUGUCACAGGUUUGCUUUGAAAAAUCAGCUAAGGAUAUGGGGUUAGUGUACAUGGAGUAUAGGAUAAAAGCAGAGGAGAGCAGCUUGAUAGAGAAAUAUGACAAGGAUGACACGAUGAUAAAAGACCCAGUUGCUUAUAGAGGAAAGAAUUGGUCCGCUGAGAUUAUGAGCAUAUAUUUGAAGGAACAAAAUGUUAAGUUGGAUUUGGUUAGAUUUAGGGAGUACUUGAAGGAAAUGUACAAGACGGCCAAGAAAUUCAUGGAGAAAGAGGGAUAGUGAUAAUGGUCCUGCAUAUUGAAAGGACACUAGAUGAUUUAAUAAGUGUAUUUUGUAUUUGUAUUUAUUUUUUAAUUCUUUUUGUUUAUAAUUCAGAGUUUGAGAUAAAACAAAAA